CAUAUUCCUUAAAAUCACAUUACAUUUUGGAAUAACUGCCAUUAUCGCAAUCCCACUUACUUCCCCACACAACCCUCUUAUCAUCCCCAAUCAUCCGGCUCAACCCUCCGAAUCUCGGAGAAUCCGAGCCUCUCCGCACGCCCAGCGCGCGGAGCACCUUUCCGUGCGUCGCAUCGGCCGAGCUCCGACUGGCCGAUUAUAUUAUUAUCCGCCAGGCCUCAUUGCCUCUACAUUCCAUUCCCACCCCCUCAAUUGUUCCUCUUUCCCCUCCAUUCUCGCAAAUUGAACACUUCAUCAUGGCCUCCGCGAUCAGGGCCAACUGCAGAAAAGUUAUCUGCAUUGGCAGAAACUAUGCCGACCACAUCACAGAGCUGAACAACACCAAGCCCAAGCAGCCCUUUUUCUUUUUGAAGCCCGCUUCCGCUAUCCUCUGCCCCGGCGAAGGUCCUGUGCUGCGCCCUCAGGGAACCAACCUGCACUAUGAGGUCGAAUUGGCGCUGGUGAUGGGCAAGACCGUUCGGGAUCUGGACCCGAAUGACGAUAAGGGUGCCUUGGAUGCGAUUCACAGCUACCUCCUCGGUAUUGACAUGACCGCUCGCAACGUUCAAGAAGAAGCAAAGAAGAAGGGCCUCCCGUGGACCAUCGCCAAGGGCUUCGACACCUUCCUGCCUGUCUCUCAGGAGAUCGCCAAGUCGCGUCUUCCCGACCCUCACAAUGCUUUCCUCCGCUUGAGCGUUGGAUCGCAAAUGCGCCAGGCCGACUCCACUGGUCUGAUGCUCUACCGGAUCCCCAGACUUCUGGCGGAGAUCUCCCGUGUCAUGACUCUGGAGAAGGGUGACCUUGUCCUGACUGGUACCCCUAAGGGUGUGGGCCAGGUCAAGUCUGGCGAUGUCAUGAAGGCGUCCAUUGAGUAUGACGGUAAGGAGCUUGAGGAGGGUCGCAUUGAGGUCGAGGUCAAGGACCGUGAGGGUAGAUACCGGUACAGUGAGACCUAAAUGGCUGUCUUGAGCAAGAUAUAUGUAUCAGAUAGACGCUGUAUAUACAUACCCUGGUUCUUUUCCAAUAUAGACUAUCUGGAAUGAAAAAGUAAUUCGGUCUCUCAA